CUUUCCCUUAGGACCAGGCAGAGCCACGACUCCUAAGAUGCACUUGGGCAAUGACGUAACGUGGCGUCGCCAGGGCCCAACUACCCGAGCGGUUCCUUGGUAACAGAUGGCGAGGAGAGUGGUUGGGAGCUGCAGUCAUUUUGCUGCUACCUCAGACUGCUGUAGUCCGAAGGGAAGAGAGAAAGGAUAUAUAUCCUUGUCUUUGUAUAUUCCUAUAUUGGCUCUGACAGGAUGCAUUUAAGUGACUGACACUGGGGAGGAAAAUUGGGAACAAAGAUUGGCUGUUGACUAAUGUUUCUGUUGUCGAAAGUCCUACAGGAAUCCUUCUGGGCUCAAAGGGCAAAAGGAUAGAAGGUGGUGGUUUACCUGCCCUGAGGCAAUCCAUGGUUAAAUAGGUAGUUUAAAACAACUUACACCUGUGUUUUUAAAAACGGAUGCUGAGAUUCUAAGUGGCUGAGAUUUUAGAAAAGGAUCACCCAAAUCUCCUUGACAUCUGGGAGCAUUUUACUCUGUGGCUGAACUUCAUGUAAGAAGAUAAUGACCAAGAUGAGGAGCAAAGACCUGCUGACGACAUAUUGUAAUUUGAGGGAAUGAUUUGAAAAGAAAUGCUUUUACUCACCUCAUACCAAAAAUAGUGGAUUAAAUGACUAACCACCAGAUGUAGAGCCUUGGAGCCAAGUUUGGUUUGCCCAGCCCUAGUAACUGCUAGGCUUAUGUAUAUGAUAAGGGCAGUUGGAAGAUUAAGAAAAACUUAUGAAGUAACUGGGUGAGGAGAAGGAAAAAAAAAGAUUUUUUAAAACGGAUACGUGUAAAUUGGAGAAAGAUUUGCCUGAAGUGGAAUCACCGUGGCGGUGAGUGGCAACGUCCAAAGAAAAUUGAGCUGUCCUGGUUUCAGUUGUGCACAUAUGAAUGCAGGCGGCCACCUUUCCGAUGUGUAGUUUCCUGCACUGAUGAAGAAAAACUGCUGAAGUCAUGAGGCUGCUCCAAGCAGAGCCCUCAUGUGAGUCAUAUGAACGCUCCAGCAUUGCUGACCUCUGGCAAAAAGGGAGUGAACAAGGACAGGAGAUGCAGAGGGAGAGAGGUUCAAGUGCCGGGUUUUCUCCUUGAACCUAGAAGAUUAUGGGUCAAGAGCUGUGUGCAAAGACUCUGCAGCCUGGAUGCAGCUGCCAUGGCUGUUGGGAGGGAGACAAUGCACACAGCCGUCAGAGGAGUGCUCCGGUGAUGAUGGAGGCUGCGAUCAAGCUAACAGACCUAAAAAAAGCAUCAUGUUCCAUGACUUCAUUUCACCCCAGGGGACUUCAGGCUGUCCGUGCCCGGAAGUUCAAGAGCAAAAGGCCACGGAGUAACAGCGAUUCUUUUCAGGAAGAGGAUCUGAGUCAGGGUUUUCAGUGGAGGAAGAGCCUCCCCUUUGGGGCAGCCUCAUCUUACUUGAACUUGGAGAAGCUGGGUGAAGGUUCUUACGCUACAGUUUACAAGGGGAUUAGCCGGAUAAAUGGACAACUAGUGGCUUUAAAAGUCAUCAGCACGAAUGCAGAGGAAGGAGUCCCAUUUACAGCCAUCCGGGAAGCUUCUCUCCUGAAGGGUUUGAAACAUGCCAAUAUUGUGCUGCUCCAUGACAUUAUCCACACCAAAGAGACACUGACAUUCGUUUUUGAAUACAUGCACACAGACCUGGCUCAGUAUAUGUCUCAGCAUCCAGGAGGGCUUCAUCCUCACAAUGUCAGGCUUUUCAUGUUUCAACUUUUGCGGGGCCUGGCGUACAUCCACCACCAACACGUUCUCCACAGGGACCUGAAACCUCAGAACUUACUCAUCAGUCACCUGGGAGAGCUCAAACUGGCUGAUUUUGGUCUUGCUCGGGCCAAGUCCAUUCCCAGCCAGACAUACUCUUCAGAAGUUGUGACUCUCUGGUACCGCCCUCCUGAUGCUUUGCUGGGAGCCACUGAAUAUUCCUCUGAACUGGACAUAUGGGGUGCAGGCUGCAUCUUUAUUGAAAUGUUCCAGGGUCAACCCUUGUUUCCUGGGGUUUCCAACAUCCUUGAACAGCUGGAGAAGAUCUGGGAGGUGCUGGGAGUCCCUACGGAGGAUAACUGGCCUGGAGUUUCCAAGCUACCUAACUACAAUCCAGAAUGGUUCCCACUGCUUAAGCCUCAGAGCCUUCAGAAUGUCUGCAACCGGUUAGGCAGGGCUCCGGAAGCUGAAGACCUGGCCUCCCAAAUGCUGAAAGGCUUUCCAAGAGACCGUGUCUCCGCCCAGGAAGCACUGGUUCACAAUUAUUUCAGGGCCCUGCCUGCUCAGCUGCACCAACUUCCUGAGGUGGAGUCUUUAUUUACAGUCUCAGGAGUGAGGCUAAAGCCAGAAAUGUGUGACCUUUUGGCCUCCUACCAGAAAGGUCACCACCUAGCCGGGUUUAGCAAAUGCUGGUGAAAAGAAAGGGCGAGAUCGCCAAGAUUUUCCAGAGUGAUCCCUGGGCCAGAAGGAGAACAGGACAGACAGGAGACAACAGUUGAAAGACUUUGGAGACAGAGCUGGUGCUUGCAGAGGCCUGUCACUCCUGUGGUCACUUACAAUUUCCUGCAACAAAAGGACUUCUGUGGCAAGGAGAGGAUUAGUCUAAAGUUUAGAAAAGUCUCCAGGGAAGGUGGUUUCUUGGAUAAAGUUGUCAAUGAAAGGAGUCUUGCUUAAGACUCUUUGUUAUGAUUUCCUAGGGGGCGCUUCUUCCUUCACUAACUGGAUUGUCAAAACACAUUACCACCCCAUCCCAGCCAGAUUUCGGGAGUUUGGAUUGAGCUGCUGGUUAGAAUUAAAUUUCAGGCUGUCUCCUUCUACUGAAUCCUAAUUGUCUGUGAUGACAGCAAAAGUGAUGAGUAAUCUCAGCUCUGACUUGAUGGCAGAGAUACUGAAUAGAUAGAUAAGAGCAAAGAGUUCCAAAGUUGUAAUUCAA